CAACCUUCAAGCUGGCCCUGGUUGGUCCCUGGUCAUGUGACCCCAUAUUCUCCCGGGCGAUGCCGACAGCCGCCGCUAACCUGGCGUUGUCAAGGUUACGGAGCGACAGCCAGCUGAGCAGAGGAUACUGGUACGACUGUCGUCUUCAAGAAGAAGAGUCUCCGCUUCAAAGAAAUCCAAUGCUGAAACCUCUCUCCUCAGCUCUGACUGAAUUUGGGGAGAUGGAGGGUUAUGGCCACGCCUACAUCGGGCCCUUCAACCCCGCACUGUGCCACGCCGCUUCCCUAUUGGCCCAGCACUGGGAGGUGGGACUUGCCUCUCCUGGCUGCUUAGAUGGUGAUUGGCCAAACCUGCCCCCCAUCACCCCUCCAAGCAGAGUCCUGUUCACUGUGCUCCGAUUCUUCCGCUGGGCGCAUGUUGGCGUUAUCUCAGCUCCAACUGACCUCUGGGAGAGCACUGGACAGGAAGUGGCAUCCUCUCUCCGAGCCAUGGGCCUCCCAGUGGGCCCUGUUGUUACUAUGGAAACAAAAGACAAGCGUAGCGCUCGGGAGGCGCUGAACAGGAUCAGAGAGGCUGACAUGGUGAAAGUUGUCAUAAUGUGCAUGAGCUCCGUUCUGAUUGGUGGAGAGCAUCAUAAAGAGCUCUUACUAGCUGCCCUGGACAUGGGGAUGGUGUCCGAUGGUUAUGUGUUUAUUCCUUAUGAUGCCCUGCUGUAUGCCAUGCCAUACCAGGUAUCUCCAAUGUUUGGGACCAUCUUCAACAUGGUGUACUUUGUUGCUAAGGCCGUGGAGGAGCGUCGCCAGGCAGGAGGCGGACACUGGGUGACUGGCAACCAGCUCCUCCAAUCGGAUGGAGGAUUUGAGUUUGAGGGCUUCAAUCAGGUGUUGUUUGGGGGUAAAGAGGGCCGUGGCCUUCAGGCGCAGUACGUGGUGCUGGACAGUGAUGGCGACCGGCUCGUCCCAACACACACGCUGGCGCCAACACACACCGACGGGACGGUGGGAGGUCUGAGACCCCUGGGCCGCUCCUUCUUCUUCCCUGGAGGAAGGCCGCCCAAAGCCAGCUUCUGUUGGUUCAGUCCAGAGGAGGCCUGCCGGGGAGGUUACAAGAAGUCGGCUGACGUCAUCAAACUGAUUAUGACUUUGGACGACAUCGUCUUCAUCGACACUCAAGUCAGCAGGAAGAAACUGAAUGAAGAGUCUAUCAUGAAGAGUCUUCUGGAAAUUAAGACCCCGUUGCGUUCGAUUGCUAGAAGUUACAUUUUGACCACACCCGAGAGCUCCAACAUCGGCAUACUGGAGGGGGACCUGGUCUGGUUGAAAAAGAUCCCUUUCGGAAAAACAGAAACAGCUGUGAAUCAGAACACUCAGAACCUUUUCAGUCAGCUGCGAGAGAUGCGCCAUGAGAACCUGAACCUCUACCUGGGCCUUUUCCUGGAUUCGGGUAUCUUUGCCCUGGUGGUUGAACACUGUCCUCGGGGUAGUCUGGCAGACCUGCUGGCCGACAGCGAGGUGCGGCUCGACUGGAUGUUCAAGUCCUCCCUGCUCAUGGACCUCAUCAAGGGAAUGAAGUAUCUCCAUCUGCGGGGUUUGACUCAUGGUCGUUUGAAGUCCACCAACUGUUUGGUCGAUGGACGUUUUGUGCUAAAAAUCACAGACUAUGGACUUCCCAUGAUCCUUCAGUCUCAGAACAUCAACUACUCUGAGGACCCACAGGACCUGCUGUGGACGGCUCCAGAACUUCUCAGGAAUCCAGUACGGGCCGGCUCCUUUGCUGGAGACGUCUUCAGCUUCUCCAUCAUCAUCCAGGAAGUCGUCUCACGAACGCCGCCGUACGCCAUGAUGGACAUGCCGGCCCACGAGAUCGUGGAGCGUCUGAAGAAGCCCCCUCCUCUCUUCAGGCCGAUAGUCUCAGUGGACGAAGCGCCUGCUGAGUGUCUCAACCUCAUGAAUGACUGUUGGAAUGAAGAUCAGAAUAAAAGACCCAGCUUUGAUGACAUCUUUAAACAGUUUAGGGGCAUCAGCAGAGGAAGACGGGCAAACAUCAUCGACUCCAUGCUUCGGAUGUUGGAGCAGUACAGCUCCAACCUCGAGGAUCUGAUCAGAGAAAGAACCGAUGAGCUUGAAGUGGAGAGAAGCAAGACAGACAAGCUGGUGGGACAGCUGCUUCCAAAGUCUGUGGCUCAGGCUCUAAAGAAAGGGAAACCGGUCCAGCCUGAACAUUACUCAGACUGUACACUUUACUUCAGUGACAUUGUUGGAUUUACAACCAUCUCCGCCCUCAGUGAGCCUAUUGAGGUGGUCGACCUGCUGAAUGACCUCUACACCAUGUUUGAUGCUAUCAUUGGUACUCAUGAUGUCUACAAGGUGGAAACUAUUGGAGACGCCUACAUGGUGGCUUCAGGUGUUCCCAACAGAAAUGGGACUCGACAUGCAGCUGAAGUGUCCAACAUGUCUCUGGAUAUCCUACAUUCAAUAGGCGCCUUUAAGAUCAAACACAUGCCUGAAAUUAAAGUCAAAAUACGUAUCGGACUGCAUUCAGGUACGGUGGUGGCCGGUGUGGUGGGCCUCACCAUGCCCAGAUAUUGUCUGUUUGGUGACACCGUGACCAGAGCCUCCAUCAUGGAGGCCAGCGGCCUGCCAUACAGGAUUCACAUCAGUCUGUGUACUGUAAAGGUUCUGACCAGUCUCAAACUGGGCUACGUCAUAGAGACCAGGAAGACAGAGGUUAAAGGCACAGAAGACACGUACUGGCUGAUGGGUCGAGAGGGUUUCGACAAGCCUCUUCCUGUUCCUCCAGACCUCAUUGGA